AUGUUGAGUUACGCAUUAGUUGUUUGGGAGAAAACAAGGGAGAUAAUCACCAUCCCAGAAAGCGAAGUGCGACAAGGAAAAGGAAAAUUGGGAAAUGGCUGGUAUCCAUGCAAGAUCUUAAAGACUAGCGAGUUACUAGACACUUACUUCGUGACCACCGAUGGAGAUGUUCUCACUGCCAACGACGACUCUUUGAGUACCUCGGUUUUUUUGAACAGACAGAAAGAAACCCGAACUGAAACCCGGAAACAGAAUCAAAUAAAAGAAAAACAGAGCGAAGAUGCACAUCAAUCGAUUUUAAAUAAAAAGCCUGUUAUUGAAUCUGAUGCCUCUGAUGAAGAUAAUGAUAGCUUAAAUGGAAGUGAAAAAGAAGAUGAAGAGGACAGUGAAGAAGAAAACAUUGAUCAAGUAGACAGACAAAAAAAAGAUAAAAAGCAUAAUAAACAAAAUGAUGGUGGUAAUACUGAUAAAAUCAAGAAAAGUAGCAGCGAGAAGGAACAAAUAAGCGAUGACAAUACUCAUGAUUACACAAAUCGAAAAAAAUCGAAGAAGUCAGACACGACUGAGAUGGAAAGAAAAGCGAACGCGUUUUGA